AUGAUUUCGCUUCUUUUUCUUUUCAUUUCUUCAAAAGAUUCUUAUAAAAUAGAUGUUGUAAAUAAUGUUGCACAACUUUCCGCUUCCAAAGGAGCUGUUUACACAGGAGAAAUUACAAUUCCUUCGAAAGUUGAUCAUAAUAGUAAAUCAUAUGUAGUAGGAAUCCUCAGAAAAUCUCUUUUCGAGAACUCCACUAUUACAAGCAUUACUUUACCUAACUCAAUUACUGAAAUUAAACAAAAUUGUUUUGCAAAUUGCAAAAAAUUAAAAACAGUUAACUUAAAAGCACUCAAGUUAAAUUCUAUACGAGCUAGAACAUUUUGCUCGUGCGAUAGUCUUGUAGCAGUUAUCCUUCCAACAACAGUAAAAACAAUUGAAGAUUAUUCUUUCUACAACUGUUAUAAUUUAGAGGCCAUUGAUACAGAAAAUAUUCCUAUUGUAUCUAUAGGAAACUAUUCAUUUACUAAUUGCAGAAAAUUAACAGAAAUAGUAGUUAAUAAUAAGAAAUUCUCUUAUUUAGGUGAUUACUGUUUUGCUAAUACAUCAUUAACUAGCUUUAAUUUCCAAGAUAAUUUAACUCAUCUCGGAAUUGGCGCAUUUUCCCAUACAAAAUUACGAAAUUUCGAAAUUUCUGAUACUUUGUUGACCGAAAUUGCAGAUCAUGCGUUCGAAUACUGCCAAAUAACCGAAUUACUAUUACCUCCAAGCAUUAAUUCGAUUGGAGAGUCCGCAUUUGAAGGAAAUUCCGGAAUAAAAAACGUGGAUAUCUCAUAUACAUGCGUAUAUACGAUCAAAUCAGCAGCUUUUAAGAACUGCCACUCUCUUUCUUCAUUUAAUCCUUCAAUUUUGACCCAAUACAUCGGAGAUUUCGUCUUCGAAGCUACAAACCUUUCAGAGUUCACGGUUUCAGAGUCCUAUCGUCAUUUCGGAUCUUAUUGUUUCAAGAGUUGCCAAAAUUUGAUAAAAGCGAAUUUUUACGAGAUGAUGUUCGAUAAUAUUCCUGAAGGAUUGUUCUACAACUGCACCAAGUUCCAAGUAAUACAAUUUGCAAGGCGAUACUUCGAAAUUAAAGCUCAUGCGUUUGAAUUUACUGCAAUUGAGCAUAUUAGGUUCCCUAAUUCAAUUAUAGGCAUAGGAGACUACGCGUUCGCACAUUGCCAUAGUAUGCUAACAGUAGAUAUCAGUAAUAUUGAUUAUUCUUUGACAGGAACUCAUAUUUUUUAUGAUUGUCCGAAAGUUAACUUAGUUUUGUUCUCAGAAGAUGACAUUGUGCUUCCACCUUAUCUUUUAGCAGGUACAUCUUUAGAAAUCUUCAAUCCUUCAAGAAAUAUUCUUGGUAUUGGAGAAGGAUGCUUCAUGAACUGCAAGAAACUGAAAGAAGUCAAUUUGUUGAGAACUGUUAUGACUAAUAUUAGCGAUUACGCAUUUUUCGGAUGUAAUAUCUCAAAAAUUUUGUUACCUCCUUCGAUUUCCCUUAUUGGAUACAUGGCUUUGGGUAACGGAACCGUUAACUCUGUUGUAUAUUAUGGCCAGAAUAUGCCUUUCUUUGGCUAUUCUACGAAAUUCGGAUCAGUUACCGUCAAUUUCGGAUAUCAAUCCGAUGUUUUCUGCGGUGACAAGGUCAGAUAUGAACAUUUGAACCAAGUUGGAGAGAAUGGAGAAAAAAUGCCUGAAGAUCAAAGUUUGGUCGGAUUUUUCUUGAAAUUUAUCGCUUUGGUAAUGCUUAUAAUAUUCGUAACUUACAUGGUUAAUAAGCAUGGGUUGGAAUAUUACCUUGGAUUCUUUGAACAUAACAAUAGAAGAUUGAUUAUAGGAUAA